CUCUCUCUCACACACUACAGACAACUCAUCUACUGAAACACUCUAUCUCACUCUCCCUUCUUUCUGUCUCUGGAACCCAUCUGAAGAUCAGGAUGCUGCGCUGUAGAGUGUGUGUCCUGUCUGUGCUGUUAUCUCUCCUCAUCCUCACCCUCAUCCCCUCCACACAAUCAGCAGAUUGCUGUCUAAAGUACACUCGGCGUCCAGUGCCAUGCCGAAUGCUGAAAGACUACAUCUACCAGACCAUUACCUCCUCCUGUGACAUCCACGCUGUCAUCUUCCACACUCGGAGGGACAAGUUUGUGUGUGCCGAUCCCUCUCAAGACUGGACCCAGAGGGUACAACGCUGUCUGCUCAAACGUCAGGAGAGGAAAUCUAAACUCAAGAAAAGUAUUUGAUUUCAUGACAUCGUGACCUGGAGAUGACAUGGAGAGGAUUGGGCUCUGGACAGAUGUACAGCUCUACCUUUCAUUAUAGAACAAUUAUAGUAUAUAUAUAUAUAUAUAUGUUAUUUACCCUAUUUAUGCUUUACAAACGCCUAAAUAUCUCAAUAAUCAUAAAGAUACUGUUUCAGGAUUUCCGUAUUCAUACAAAUCAUUUAAUAUCUGUGGUUAUUAUUGUUCAUCAUAUCUGUAUUGAUUCUGAGGGUGUUUGAGUUUAAUAUCAGUUAUCAAUGUUGUUGGUCUGUUUUAUAAACAGCAAGUGUAGUAUUUCUGAUACACAUGGAGAAACAUGAGUACCACAAAAUAUUUUUGUGUUGAUGUUUCCAGAGAAAACCUUUUUGAUUUUGUAUUUUCAAAGUAUCCAAAUGUGUGUGUGAGUUUUACUGAUGUGUACUGGGUUGCUGUAAGCUAAGAACUAUGAAAUAGACAAUAAAAUAUGUAUUUGGAAAAA